AUGCCGACGACUUCAAACAACGCGUCCCCCGUUAAGCGCCCGGGCCUGGGCCGCCGUGCUGUCUCCUCUCACGCCGUUGUCACGCGCUCCUCGUCCUCGUCUACCCAGGGAGAGCUCUCUCACUCGCAUACCUCCCACACCUCUCAGCCCCAACAGAAAACACCAGGGCAUCGACCCCAUCGAGCACAUCUCGUCGGUGGCGGCCAUCGCAGUCACGGCCGUAAUCCAUCGUUUGGAAAGAACUUGGCUAAAUUACAGCGGCACCUAACAUCUCACCACGCCGGUCCAGAGUACCGGCUGCAUCAGCACCAGCGCAAGAAGUCGGCCCCGGUGACGCCCGUUGCGAGCCCCCCGCGCCAGCACGUUCACUGGGAUGCACUGGACGAUGCCUCCCCUCGUACCACUAGCUCUAUAAAAAAAAACUAUUCUAGCCCGGCUUUGCGACGGAGCAACUCGAGCGUCUUACCAAAGAAGGCCUUAGUCACCGACCGCCCUCAUACCAGCUCGGGAAAGAAGAAGACGGUCGGAUUUGAACUGGCGGACUCGACGGACGAGGGCGAGUGGGAGGAUACAACUCAAUCGCCUGAGAGUACCAGGCGAAGUUCUGUGGCGCAGUCCAAAGACGGCGACGAGAAUCCGGUCGUGCUGGUCGAUCCGCUUACAUUUGUGAAGCGGCCGUAUCCCCAGUUUCCCCGAGCGACCAGUCUUCCGGAACCUACGAGCAGAAGCUUUCACGACGAUCAAUCAUCAGGUGAAGACGACGAGCACGCUCAGCGCACAAGGGAGCAAUCUUCAGACACGGAGGAAGCUCCGGAGGACUCUACGCGCCCGCCUGAUCAGGGCGAUAUUGCAUCACGGCUUCUUAGCCCGUCACAUUCCGCUAAGGCGCCGCCCGCCAUGUCUUCAAUAUCUGCCACCGCGACACCGGCGCCGGUGGAUACGAUAUCACGAACCGCAUCUCUCACGAACCUGGCAUCUGGUCAGGAUGGACUGCGAAGACCGGUGUCCACCGCAAAUAUUGCACAGGCCAGUACCCCAUCACAAGCGCCUGGGUCUUCAUCUAUAGAAGGGGGCGUAUCAAGGUUUAUCAACAACAAGAUCGCAACGUCCCGUACCGACUCAGAUCCCAACACUCCAUCAUCAUUCCUUCCUCACUACCAUCCGCAAACCCCGCCCUCUCCCAAAGGUACGAAGAAGACGCGCAGCUCCCCUACUUCGCGGCAACCUGGAACGGAACCGCCCUCCCGCACUCAACAGAAACUUUGGCUGCAGCGUACGGCAGCCCUGAAUGACUCUCCUCCUGAUUCCCACGGUGCGUCGGCCACUGUGUCGCCGUCCACCAUGGGCCCCGCUUACAUUAGUGGAACAGCCCGGGCGGGAUUGGGACCAUAUGAUCCAGCGCGGGCCCUUGUCAAUGGCUCGUCUAGGAAUGGCGGGUCACUGCAUGAAGCCAAGCAUAUCCGCAAAGCAUACGAGAAGACUGCCAUGGAACUUACGGUUGUUCGGAGAUUUCAGUCUCCCACCAGCGCCAGCUUCACCCGUCUGAACGCAAUUCUCAAGGACGCGAAGACGGACAAGACUGACAGUAUAGACCAAGAGCCCCAAACUGGUCUUGGCAAGCCUGUCAGGUCAGCGCCUGCUUUGGUUCUGCUACAACGGAAUGCCAAACAGCAAGAUCUCCGUGACAGCAGUAGCGCCACAAGCGCAGACUCAAGACAGCUAAUAGGGAGGAAACAGGCAGAUUCACAGAGCUUGGUGGCCCAAGCGUAUAUGCAAGACGCAGAGGACCCGCCGCACCCCUCACACCGACUACUGUCAACGUCCGAUGACGCUGCCCACGGUACUAGUACCCACGGAGCCGACGACCAUGUUGAGGAUCGCGACCACUUUCUACCCAGCGAAGCUGAAAUGAUGAUUCGGCGCAUGUGGGAGAGCCGCGAGGUUGCAGCUUCCGGCUGA